AUGUGUGAAAUAGUUGUCAACGAUUUGUUUGAUGAGAUUAUCAAUGAAAACAAUAGACUUUGCAAUCAAUUGGUGUUUGCAAUGAAAUGUUUGGAUGUUUUGCAAACAUUUGAGACAUUUAUUAGAAAAGUGAUGACAUUUAAGACAAUUAUCAUUAAUGAACAACAAUUGUCAUCACAAGACAUACAAACAUUGGAUCAAUUGGACAAUCAAUUAACAGAUGUGUUGACACAAUUGAAGCAAAGAUCGGUGCGAAAUGUGAAGUCCUAUGAAAAGCAAUUGAUUUCUGGAAAAGCGGAUCAAAUGAGUGGUGAAGAGUUGGUUAAUAAAUCAAGAGUUAAUAUUAAUAAUCAGUUAACAGUUAGUCCUAAAGUUAUUAGUAUUAAAGUAUUGAAAUUACAGACAAUUAAUGAUAGCAUUAAAAGUAAGCAACAAUCAGAUGAAAAUGAAAGACAAACACAAAAAUUGACUGAUAAUUCACAUGAAAUGCCAUUUCCUUGUUAUGUCAUUAAUUGUGAUUACAAAAGCUGUGAUAUUCCCGGACUGAUUAGUCAUCUGAAGACAAGUCACUCAAUUACUAGCAUUCAGUGCACUCAUGAGGGAUGUACUCAAUUAUUUGGUGACCAACACGACCUCAACAGACAUUUACAGUUAAAACAUAAGACAAUCAAUAAAAAUGUAAAGAAAAGUAUUGACAAAAUAACAAACAAAAGUCAAAUAAUAAGAAAAAGUCAGAAAAUUAAUAGAUUGGUUACAAAUCAGAUGAAUAUCAAUAAUACUGAUAAUGAAGUGAAGACACAAUUAGAUUGUAUUAAAAAAAAGUUUAAUUGUUUUGUCGAAAACUGUUAUUACAAUUGUCUUAAUGUGAAUGAAUUGGUUAAUCAUCUGAAGAUACGACACUCAAUCACAAACUAUAUUCAAUGCACUUGCGAUGGCUGUCAACAACUUUUUGUUGACGAAAAACAACUCAAGAGUCAUGUUUCUGAUGAACACAAGAUAUAUGACUCGUCUCUUAUAGUUAUACCAAAUGAUUGUAAUAAAAGACAAAAAUCUAAGACAAUUAAUCCAUUUGAUUGUAAACAACUAUUUAAAUGUGAUUAUAAAGAUUGCGGUGAAAUGUUUAAAACUUACUUUCAAUUUGAUAAACACAUGAAAUGUCAUCCAAUCGAUGAAAGUGUAUCUCAAGACUGUGUCGUUAAAACAACAAAGACUGAUGUGUUUGAAUGUUUAGAUUGUAAUUUGAAAUUCAAAACCGAUUGGGAACUAGAUUUACACACUAAUGUCAUACACAAGAAGUUGUAUUCAAUUAAGUGUCACAUCGAGGGAUGCGAUAAAUUAUUUGAUGCAACUGUUAAUCAACGGUUUUCACAAUAUUACAAACGACACGUUUUGACACAUUUUAAUAGUAAUCCAUUUAAAUGCGAUUACGAAGGUUGUGAUAAACAAUAUCUUUGUCGUUCAUCUUUCUAUAAACAUAGACGUAGUCACACUAAUCCAAUAGUUACAUGCGAUUGGCCCGGUUGUGAUUUUAGGACACCGUUUAACUAUAUAUUGAAAUAUCAUCAAAAUAAUAAACAUCUUAAGGAUAGACCUCAACUCAAAUGUCAUUUGGAUGGAUGUACUUACAGUACAUUAUCUAAAGGUUGUCUUCGAAGUCAUAUUAGGUAUAGACACGGAAACAAAAAAUUUAUGUGCGAUCACAACGAUUGUCAAAAAUCAUAUAAAACUAUCUUUGAUUUAAACUUACAUAAAUCGCGCUUUCAUAACAACAAUAUUAAUAAUAGCACAUACCGGUGCUCGUGGCCGGGUUGUGUGUUUGAAACAAAAUAUAAACCAUAUUUAAGUCAACACCAAUUGAUUCACAGCGACGAGAAAAACUAUCGGUGCGAACAUCCGGGCUGUCAGUUUCGUGCGAAACAACAAAAAUCAAUUAUUUCACACCGAAAAUCUCAUCAAACAGGAAAAAACUACAUGUGCUCGUGGCCAGAGUGUGGCAGACUAUAUAAAUCUGAUUAUUCACUACGAGUUCAUAUGCAAUAUCACCGCAAUACUAAUUAUGUCUGCCAAUGGGCCGGAUGUUCAUAUCGGACACAUAUUAAAAGUAACCUCAAAACACACAUAAAUAUCAAACACGAAAAACUACGGUAUUGUUGCGAUUAUGAGGGUUGCGAUCGAGUAUUUAAGGCUAAAUGCACUCUUCGUUAUCAUAAGCUAUCAGUGCACGAAAAACAGUCUACUGAUAAGUACCAGUGCUCGUGGCCGGGAUGUGAGUACAGUACCUGGAAUUUGCGUGCAUUGAAUUCACAUGAACUAAUACAUAGCUCAGUGAGAAAAUAUCGAUGCGAUUAUAAUGGCUGUGAGUUUGCAACCAAUCAGAAAAAUUAUCUAAAUAGUCAUCAAAAAAGACAUUCAACUGAACUAAAGUACCGGUGCUCGUGGCCUGACUGUCAUAAACGAUAUAAGAGUCAAGAAGUUCUUAAAUCACAUGAAGUGAUUCAUUCGGAACCCAAGUAUGUCUGCCAUUGGGAGGACUUCAUUCAAACGUAA